UGUUUGCAAACUUGUUACAAGAUGUGAUAUUUUACGCAUGUAGUUUUGGCUGGUACCGUGCAUGCUUCACGACCUUUCUAAUACAUAUAUUUAGACGCGCGCACGACCUUAUCAAUUAUAUCACCGCCAGGGAAAACCUUUUGUUUGAGGUGCUAAUUAAUUUGUUGAACGAAGUCAAUAAAAAUUAAGAGGCUUGUCACUUCUAAUGAGUAGUGAUUUCUCCCCAAUCUAUGUCAGCUGAAAAGGCAGUUUUUUAAUCGCCCUGUUUUCUUUUUACUUUUUUCCCAAUGAAUUAUUUAUUAGGUAAAUUAGUAACACUUAUUGGAAGGAUAUUAACAUUAAUGUUCGACAUUAACUUCCAUUAACUGUGACAGAACGUGCUUUUUGUUGUCAUAUUGGAUAAAAUCAAGGAAGAGAUGGUUUGAUCUUGUUCAUAUCAAGCAUCAAGUUACGGCUUAAUCAUACAGUGACCUAUUCAAAAUGGUUGGGGGCCCGAUAUGAAAUAAGAUAGACUAGCAAUGGAUGGACAUGUUUUACGGGGAGUUUCUAUUCUAUUCCUCUGCUCUACACUUUGUUUCGCCAGUAGAAAAAUUGACCUUGGCUUUCUGGUGGACGAUUGGUCAACUAUCCCAUCUGUCAACGUAAGGGGCAGAGGUGCUCACGCCACCGCGGCAGGAGACACUGUGAAGGACCUGAUACGCUCGAUAUACGGUAGCUUUAUGAUGGACGACGACAGCACUCGUGUUGGCUUGAUCAAAUCUGGUCCGACUGCAAACGUUGUCUUUGACUUCAACGCAUACAAUGACCUGAAUCACUUAGACGAAGCUGUGGAUAAGAUAACGUUUCCAAAAUCAGCGGAGUCAAACAUAGGUAAAGCCUUGAACCUUGCCAAUUACGGGCUUUUCAAAAACAGCGGUAGACCAGACGCCCUGAAAUUUUUGGUUGUCAUUGCACAAACUAAGUCGACAGAUGAUGUUAGCCUUGCCGCAAGAGACUUGAGGAAUUCUGGCGUGAAUAUCUUGUCUGCUUGGUCGGGCAAAAGAGGCUUGAACAGAGAUGAUCUUCAGAGCAUUGCAAGCCCACCCAAGCACUAUAAUUUGUUUAGAGAUGAAAAGAAUUCGGUGGAUAAACUGGCCCGACUAAUUGUGAAAAGAAUUCGCUACGUCAAAUUAAGUAGCAAAAUGCCGAGUUCACGUACAAAGACCUAUCGCAAGGCUCAAAAGACGAGAAACAAAUGUUCUAAACGAUGUGAUGUGAAGGUUGAAGGAGAUGAACGAAUCAACAUUGACUGCAGUAAUUGCAAGUUGGUAGGGUGUUGCGACAGAUGCUGUAAAAAUGAGAAUCAACCAUUUUACCCAGGUCCUGUGGAACUGGCCAUACUGCUUGACGAAUCAGGGGAACUCAUGAAUCGAAAUAACUUCAACAAGAUGAAAAGUUUUAUAAAGAAUCUCGCGAGAGAGUUUGAAGUCAGCAACAAGAAGACAAAAAUCGGCCUAAUAUCAUUCACCGACGCAAAUCUUCAACUCUUCGACCUUCAUUCGUAUCACGACAGAAAAAGCAUAGACUCUCAAAUCGAUAAAUUGAACUUUGAAGGAAUCAAAACAAAAUCUGGGGCUCUCAACAAAGCUUUGGAUGCAACACAGGCAAAUCUUUUUACCGGAGAACGGGAUCAAAGUGUUCCUCGUCUUCUCUUUGUGUUUGAUAGUGCUACCAAGAAGGAUGCCCAGACGGAAAUUAAAGCAUUCAAGCUUCAAGAAACGGACGUGCAAACGUUUUGUAUUGGUCUUGGAAUAAACUACGAUAAAACUGGAUGUAGCAAGAUUGUAGAGAAGCCGUAUGAACGACACAGCUUGUCCGCACGAGUUGAGCAUUUGGGUGAAUUACAAGAGGCUAUUAUGCUUAUGGUUGUUAGUGAUAUUGCUAAAAAGUAUUGUCCACUUUGCGACCAAGGCAACACUGACGCGUGUCGACCGUGUAAAACGGCGAGACACGUCAGCAUCGACGACGAGGAAGAUAAAUCGUUGAAAAACAUCGAUUCCGAGGAAGUGCUGAAACUGCUGAAAGACAACCAUUACAAACUCGGGGUGAAAAUUUCGGACGAAAAUGACGACGAUGAUGAAAACAAAAAUACAGGAAAUAAAAAUGCGUUGAAAUUGCUGGCCGUCAAUCAGGUUGGCACGCCGUUACCGAGCGCUGAAGUGGUCAAGGAGCUAUUGCAAUCUGGUACUGCUUUGAAUCCAGACACUAACAGCCAGGGUCCUUUGAUAGCUAACGGUCAGGAAAAUUUAUUGCAACAAAAUCAGGCCCCAGGACAACACGUUAUGAUUCAACAACCAUUGCAAGCUCAACAACCAGACGGUAACGAUGCUUCACCACUGACAAUCGGAUUAAGUAAUCAGAGAUUUACAUCACCUCUUCUUAAAAGUGCGCCUUCGGGUCCGUCUUCGGUAGACCAGGCCAGUCCAUUGGCAGUACAACCAGCGGCUCUCAGUCCUUCCUUAUUAAGCCAAGCUUUGCUGGGUGCGGGCAAAUUUCAGCAACCGCAGGGAAUGCAAUCACAAAAUAUGGAAGGAGCAAACUUGGAGAAUGGGGCAGGACCAAGCUCGCUUCCACUUGGUGCUCUGUCAACACUCCCUGUUCAAGAUUCACGACUGGCCUCUUCCCUGGGAGAAGCUGGGUUGACCUCGUCGCUUCCUGUCGCAUCACCGUCGACCGCUAACGAUGCCCUCUCCAUGGCAUCACAGCCCCAGUCUUCUGUGGACACGCCUCAGUUUCAGGCUCCUCAGUUCGACAACCCGACUCAAAAUACCAACUGGUUUGGUUUUCCAACAUCGGGGCAACCGAAUAAGAAAUCACCUUUUGAAAACGAAUACAAGUAUGAUCUUCACGACAAAGAAGGACCAUAUGUCAUGGCGUGCAAGGAUCUUUCGGACGAAUGUGCUUUAUAUGCGACCGAAGGAGGAUGUGAUGAGUUUGCUCCACUGUCGAAUAUUGGACAGGUGAAGACGAUGUGUAAGAAAUCUUGUGGAUUCUGCGAAUCGAAGAACGAGAAAGGUCACAAAAAGUCUAGAACUCAACAGGCGCGAUCUGGCCACAGGAAGAAAAAGACACAUCGAUUAUCUUAGAUUGGAACCAUUUAAAAACAUGAAUCGGUGAUCGAAACACCGGAACAAGAAAAGAUUUCUUACAAAUAUCAAGCCCAACAAUUUUUGCAAGGUUUGAAAAGACACCAUUGUUAAAACAUGUUUCAGUCCAAACUCGCUAGAACAUAGCUUUUGAAUAGGUCGGGUUUUUCCCCCACAAGUUACACACCAUCUAUUGUACCAGGAAAGUUGAGAAAGUUGAAGAUUUUUUAGCAAUAAAUAUCUUAGCUAUUCUAAUUCGUCACAAGGCGUCUUAUUAGACAAACUCACUGUUUACCUACAGCAAACAAGUGUAAUAAUCUAAGAAGAACUCUGUCUAGGCUUGCUGCAUAUAGUAUAUGGGCUGCUGAUGGAUUACCUGUCAAAUUGUUUAAAAACGUCAUUAGAUGAACCACGUAUUUCUCAAUAAAGCACAAUAAACUUAUCGUGAAUUUCGCCGGUUCAAUAAAAACCUUUUCGCCCAAAACUAAGCGCAAAACUAAGCAUAUAAAGCAAGAGAUGUCUAUACCAUGUUUCCAGAUGGAACAAUACUGGUAGAUUAAUUCCACUGGGAAAGGACAAGGGGCGUUAAGGUUUUUUUUUCUCUAUUUUUCCAUAAAGCUUUUUUUCCAUUUCCACCCGCGACAGUUCUGGUGAAUAUCCCCGUACAU